UGAAAGCUAACCUAUCUAUAUCCAAGUAAGGUGUAUUUACGCCCAUGUGCUUAGUAAUAAGCACUGGACGCACCACCUCGACCUUGACCGGGAUAAAACUCGUUUUUCAGCUCAUGAAGGCCUUAUUUUAAGAUAAGCCGCUUACUCCGGAUCUACAGAUGUCGCUGUCUUGCUGAUGCAGGGAGAUCGUGUGAGAAGUAGCAGCAGUAUAAGGAAAACAAAACAGAUAGAUACGCCUACAUUUCUUGAGCCAGCACUACAAGCCAAAUGGCAGCAGCUUCUUCUUCGUCCUCCUCCGCCGGAGGUGUUAGUGGGAGCUCCGUCACUGGAUCUGGCUUUAGUGCAUCAGAACUCAUUCCACCUAGAAAAGUUCUCUACACAUACCCUAAAGGAGCUGGAGAGAUGAUGGAAGAUGGCUCAGACAGAUUUCUUUGUGAAUCAGUAUUCAGUUAUCAAGUGGCAUCAACACUAAAACAGGUGAAGCAUGAUCAACAGGUUUCUCGUAUGGAAAAGUUAGCCAGCCUGGUGGAGGAGCUGGAGGCAGACGAGUGGAAAUAUAAGCCAAUUGAACAGCUGCUGGGUUUCACAACUUCAUAGCUAACAUUGUUGUGGCUUAUAAUUAUUUACAAUGAAUUAAUACCAUUAAUACUUUUUCCACAACAUAUAUUUAUAAAUGUGUUUUCUUUAUUAAAUUAUGGGUGCUGAACUGCUGUGUAGGUUACAGUCCUAACUGAGGUUCUUUGAACAUUUUGACAGUUUAACUUGAUUUUAUAAUGUAAAUAUACCAGUGAACUUGACCUACUUUGUAGAUCAUACCAUGUAUGCAAACAUAUCUGGAAGAAGCUGACAUUUUUGGCAUAUUUCAAACAUGAAAAUAACAUUUUCUUCAACUUAUAUGACCUGAAAAAUCUGAAAACCAGCUUGUUUCUGUAAUAAACAUGGGUUUAAAACUAAUUUGGAAAACCUUUGUCAGUAUUCACAGCACAGAUUGCUGAAUCUACAAAUGCAAGUUAAGGCUACAGUGCACAGCAGAAGCCACUUGGCUCGGAUGGACCGAUGUGAUUUGAAAACAUGAAUAAUCUAUGAUUUACUUUGAGUGUAUUGCAGUGUUCCAAUUCGAAAUCUGAUCCAGUUGGUCAGUGAAAACAUAAACACAUUUUUUGCACUUCUGUAAGGUAAAUAAAGGUUCAGGAAUGAACAUAUCACAGA